GCAGCAGCUCAAAACAAAUAUACAUCUCUCUAUAUCUCUAAUCAAGGGAUGAUAUAUAUCAUGAAAAAGGGCUUCCAUUCUUCUGCUCUCCUCCUCCUCUUCCUCUUCCUUCUCUUAUCAUCUUCCACCCUCAGCAUUGCAAGAAACAUUGCAGCCAGUAAAGAGGUCGACCAAUUCGCUAAUGGGGAAUCGCAGAUCAAGGAAACAGAAUACCCAUCCGAUUUCGCUACUCUGCUGGGGGAGGAGCUCUGCAAAGGAUCGGGAAGUGGAGACGAAGAAGAAUGCUUGAUUAGAAGAAUAAUAUCAGAGGCUCACUUGGACUAUAUUUACACUCAACGCCAUAAACCUUGAGAGUUGAGUUUGAACCUUAAAAUUAGCAUUUUAAUCAGAUUCAAAUUUUAUGGCAUGCCUUCUAAUAUUAGUAGAGUUAAUCUAAUAUAUGUUGUGCAUUAAAUUAUAUAUAUGUACGUAUACGCGUAGUAUGUAUGUUAGUAGGUGUCUAAUUUCUCUAGCUAGAUUCCUUAGAUAUAUGUUCUGUAAUGCCCCAGAAUUUGAGGUAGCAGCUAAUCUAAUGUAGUCACAUUUGGUACGAUAAUAUAUAUAUAUAUAUAUAUGAAAGAAAGAUUACUAA